AUUGCCAACCACCACCGCACCUCACUCCCAACAUUUCUCUACCCGCCUCUCCUCGUACCUGCUACCUGCUAGCUGCUAGCUCGAGUGAGUGACUGAUCGGCGGCUGCUAACCUAGCUAGCAAUGGCAGCGCAGGGAAGAGGCAGUGCCAACGUGGCCGUGGUCCUCGGCGUGCUUCUUCUCUGCACGCUCGUGGCGGAUGCGGCGGUGUUCAACGUCGGCGACCGCGGCGGCUGGUCCUUCAACACCAACUCCUGGCCCACCGGCAAGCGCUUCAAGGCCGGCGACGUCCUAGUGUUCAAGUACGACGCGGCGGCGCACGACGUGGUGGCGGUGAGCGCGGCGGGGUACAAGGCCUGCGCCAAGCCGGCCAAGGGCGCCAAGGUCUACAAGUCCGGCACCGACCGCGUCACGCUCGCACGCGGCACAAACUACUUCAUCUGCAGCAUUCCCGGACACUGCCAGUCCGGCAUGAAGAUCGCCGUCACCGCCGCCUAGAUAGCCUCGUCGCGUCGUCCACCGUCGAGCAGCGUCUUUACGUGACACAACGAACGCAGCUUCAUUCCUAACAGAAUAAAUGGCCGAGCUUACCUACUUCGGUACUGUCGAACCGACGUCAGGUGCCAGGUCAGUGUAGCAGUGUUGAUUAUCGUACGGUGUGUGUACUGUUUGAUUCCCCCACUAGAUCGAUCGUAAUUGCUAUUGUAUGGCCAUCCGUGAUGAUUUUGUACUCAUACAUAGUACAUGAAUAAAAGGCAUGCAACAAUUUUUCUUU